AGUUUGUGUGUGAGCAUGUCCGGACGCGGCAAGCAGGGCGGCAAGGCGCGCGCCAAGGCCAAGACGCGCUCUUCCCGCGCCGGGCUGCAGUUCCCGGUGGGCCGGGUGCACCGCCUGCUGCGCAAGGGCAACUACGCCGAGCGGGUCGGGGCCGGCGCGCCGGUCUACCUGGCGGCGGUGCUGGAGUACCUGACGGCCGAGAUCCUGGAGCUGGCGGGCAACGCGGCCCGCGACAACAAGAAGACGCGCAUCAUCCCGCGCCACCUGCAGCUGGCCAUCCGCAACGACGAGGAGCUCAACAAGCUGCUGGGCCGCGUGACCAUCGCGCAGGGUGGUGUUCUGCCCAACAUCCAGGCCGUACUGCUGCCCAAGAAGACCGAGAGCCACCACAAGGUCAAGGGAAAGUAGACUUGAGUAUUGCAAAUCUUGAGACCAAAGGCUCUUUUCAGAGCCACUUACUCUUUCUGUAGAAGGGCUGGUUCGCUAGGUUCACUUUCGGCAACGGUUUCACUAGGGAAGUGAGAAAACCCAAAUUCCCUGACCAAUCACACAAACGCUGCGAAGGAACGUCGUCCCCU